AUGGAGACUCAUCCAAUGGAUGAUUUUUGCGGCUCGAAAUUUUGGGACUUAAACCUUACCUGGUACACGAACGAUCCGGAUCUGACGCCAUGCUUCGAACAAACGGCGCUCGUGUGGGCCCCGUGUGCAUUUCUGUGGGUUUUUUCGGCCCUCGAACUAUACUAUCUGCGCCGGAGCCCCAACAAAGACAUCCCCUGGAGCUUCGUGAACCUCUCCAAGCUGGCCGUGACCGGUCUGCUGAUCGUGCUCUCGAUCAUCGAUCUCGCAAACGCAAUCUCAACCGACGGAGUGUCGGCUCCAGUUUACUACUACACGCCCGCGAUAAAAAUAGCCACAUUCGUUUUUGCAGCGAUACUCGUGCUACUCAACAAGCGCUACGGAAUGCGCACCUCCGGGCUGCUGUUUAUGUUCUGGUUCCUACUGGCCAUUUUCAGUAUUCCCCGGGUACGCACCGAAAUUCGGGCGAACGAGAACCGCAUGUUUGAAGACUCGUGGGCCGAGUAUCAGCUGAUCAGUUUCAUGACAUUUUUCGCCGCGACCUGUCUGCUGGUGGUGCUGAACUUUUUCGUCGACAAGCCGCCACGCCAGUCGAAGUAUGAAAUCACCGCCAAAGACUGCCCGGAGCUGGCGGCCAGCUUUCCCUCGCGUAUCUUCUUCGCCUGGUUCGAUCGGCUUGCCUGGGUCGGGUUCCGGAAGCCGCUCGAGGUCGAAGAUCUGUGGCACAUGAAGCCGGAAGACUCCUCGAAGGAGGUGGUACCGGGUUUCCUGCAGCAUUGGAACAAAACGCUGGCGAAGACGUACCAGACGCGUGAAACUAACAACGAGGCUACGUAUAAGAAGAUGGGCAACUCCGCGCGGGUCGAUUUUCGGACGACGAAAAGCAAGAGCAUCGCGUCCAUUCUUCCGGCGUUGGUGAAAACUUUCGGCGGCACGUUUGCGUUCGGAUCGUUCCUGAAGCUUGGCCAGGAUCUGCUGACGUUCGCUUCGCCCCAGAUACUGAAGCUGCUGAUUAAUUUCGUCGGUAGCGACGACCCGAUGUGGAAAGGAUUGCUGUACGCGAUCGCAAUGUUCGUCGUGGCCGGCACGCAAACGUUGCUGCUUGGGCAGUACUUUAAUCGCAUGUUUUUCGUGGGCCUACGCAUUCGUACCGCGCUGAUCAGUGCGAUCUACCGCAAGGCGCUGAUCAUCUCGAACAGUGCCCGUAAAACGUCCACCGUCGGCGAGAUCGUCAACCUGAUGGCGGUCGACGCGCAACGCUUCAUGGAUCUGACCACGUACAUCAACAUGCUCUGGAGCGCACCGUUGCAGAUUGCGUUGGCACUGUUUUUCCUCUGGCAAAUCCUUGGGCCCUCGGUGCUGGCCGGUCUCGCGGUGAUGAUCAUUCUCAUCCCGGUGAACGGCGUGAUCGCCAACAUGAUCAAAACUCUGCAGAUCAAACAGAUGAAGAACAAAGACGAACGGGUGAAGCUGAUGAACGAAGUGCUCAGUGGAAUCAAAGUACUUAAACUGUACGCUUGGGAGCCAAGCUUCGAGCAGCAGAUACUUAAAAUUCGUGACAAAGAAGUGAAAGUACUUAAAUCGGCUGCCUACCUAAACGCGGGAACAUCGUUCAUCUGGUCGUGCGCUCCAUUUCUGGUGUCGUUGGUCACCUUUGCCACCUACGUGCUGGUGGACGAGAAUAACGUACUGAAUGCAAGCACCGCUUUCGUUUCACUGUCGCUUUUCAACAUUCUUCGGUUUCCUCUGUCAAUGUUGCCCAUGCUCAUCUCUAAUAUGGUGCAAACCAGUGUUUCUGUGAAACGUAUCAACACUUUCCUGAAUCAGGAAGAACUCGAUCCGGACAAUGUGCAGCAUGACGAAAAGGAAUCUUCUCCUCUGCUGAUCGAGAACGGUGUGUUCUCGUGGGGCGGCGAGGAGACCACACUGAAGAACAUUAACGUACGUGUCGAACGGAACCAAAUUGUGGCCGUCGUCGGUACGGUAGGUUCCGGCAAGAGCUCGCUGCUGUCGGCGUUCUUGGGCGAGAUGGACAAAAUAUCGGGCCGUGUGAACACCCUCGGACGGAUCGCCUACGUUAGCCAGCAGGCGUGGAUUCAGAACGCGACCCUGAAGGACAACAUUCUGUUCGGUAAACCGAUGGACCAGCGGCGCUACGCGCGCGUCAUCGAAGCGUGCGCCCUGAAGCCGGACAUUGAGAUGCUGCCGGGUGGCGACAUGACGGAGAUCGGUGAGAAGGGCAUCAAUCUGUCGGGUGGACAAAAGCAGCGCGUAUCGUUGGCCCGAGCCGUCUACAAUGAUGCGGAUGUGUACUUCCUGGAUGAUCCGCUCAGUGCGGUCGAUUCGCACGUCGGAAAGCACAUCUUCGAGCAGGUGAUCGGAUCGGGCGGGUUGCUGGCCAGCAAGACGCGCGUUCUCGUAACGCACGGUAUCACCUACCUGCCGCAGACGGAUCGAAUAUAUGUGCUGCGCCAGGGUGAGAUUUCGGAGAGCGGCACCUACCAAGAGUUGAUGGACAAGAAGGGUUCGUUUGCGGAGUUUCUCAUACAGCACCUUCAGGAGGUGAACGAGGAGGACGAAGAUCUGGAAGAGAUCAAGCAGCAGCUCGAGAGCACUGCCGGCGCCGAGGAGAUACUGAACCAGCUGAAGCGUACCAACAGCAAACGAUCGCGCAGCGAAAGUACCUCCGACACGGGGGAUAUGUCGCGUCAAAAUUCCACCACCGACAGUAACUCGAGUUUGCGUCGUCGUAUUUCCGAAAAGGGAACCGAGGCCCCGAAAACGAAACUGAUUGAACAGGAGAAAUCGGAAACUGGCAGCGUCAAAUGGGAGGUAUACAAACAUUACCUCAAAAGCAUCGGUUGGACACUGUCUAUUGCCACGGUGCUGCUGAACAUGGUGUUCCAAGGAUUCUCCAUCGGUUCGAACCUCUGGCUGUCACGCUGGUCAACGGACGAGGAAGCGGAAAACAACACGAGCGUGCGGGAUAUGUAUCUCGGCGUGUACGGUGCAUUCGGAGCCGGUCAAGUACUGACCACUUUCCUGUCGACACUCUUCCUGUACGUUGGUGCACUGGAAGCGUCCAAAACGCUGCACAAGACGCUUCUGCGCCGGGUGGUCCGGGCUCCGUUGACAUCCUUCUUUGACAUCACCCCGAUCGGGCGCAUUCUGAACCGGUUCAGCAAGGACAUCGACACCACCGAUUCCGAUCUGCCGGCGACCCUGCGUGCCUGGAGUGCCUGCUUUUUCGGGGUGGUCGCCACGCUGGUAGUGAUCUGCAUUUCGACGCCAAUCUUUGCCGCGGUCAUAUUGCCGAUCGGUGUUCUGUACUACGCCGUCCAGCGCUUCUACGUGGCCACAUCCCGGCAGCUGAAGCGCCUCGAGUCCGUUUCCCGAUCGCCCAUCUACUCGCACUUUGGUGAAACCAUUCAGGGAGUGCAGACGAUUCGUGCCUACAACCUGCAGGAGCGAUUUAUCGGCGAAUCCGACGACCGGGUGGACGCGAACCAACUGUGCUACGUUCCCGGUAUCAUCGCUAACCGCUGGCUGGCGGUACGGCUCGAGAUGGUUGGCAAUUUGAUCAUUCUGUUUGCGGCCCUGUUCGCGGUGCUCGGUCGUGAGUCGAUGAACGCCGGCUUGGUCGGUCUGUCCGUUUCGUACGCGCUGCAAAUCACGCAAACCCUCAACUGGCUGGUGCGGAUGACGUCCGACGUGGAGACGAACAUUGUGGCCGUAGAGCGCAUCAAGGAGUACGGUGAAACGAAGCAGGAGGCACCCUGGGAGCUACCAAACAGCACGUUGCCUCGCGAGUGGCCCGAACAGGGACAGGUGGAGUUCCGCGACUUUCAGGUGCGCUACCGCGAAGGUCUCGAUCUGGUGUUGCGUGGCAUUUCGUUCACCGUCCAGGGUGGCGAGAAGGUUGGCAUCGUGGGACGCACCGGAGCGGGCAAAUCGAGUCUCACGCUGGCCUUGUUCCGCAUCAUCGAGUCGGCCGGCGGUUCGAUCGUGAUCGAUGGGCAGGACAUUGCCAAGCUCGGACUGCACGCGCUCCGUUCGCGCCUCACGAUCAUCCCACAGGAUCCGGUCCUGUUCUCGGGCACGUUGCGCAUCAACCUGGAUCCGUUCGGUGUGCACUCGGAUGAAGACAUUUGGAAGGCCCUCGAACACGCCCAUCUGAAGGCGUUCGUGAAAGGACUGACCGCCGGUAUCAGCCACGAGGUGACCGAAGGUGGUGAGAACCUUUCCGUUGGUCAGCGGCAGCUCAUCUGUCUCGCCCGUGCCUUGCUUCGCAAAACGAAGGUGCUGAUCCUUGACGAAGCUACGGCCGCUGUUGACCUCGAGACGGACGACCUUAUUCAGCGUACGAUUCGUACGGAAUUCAGCGAUUGCACGGUGCUGACCAUUGCCCAUCGGCUUAACACCAUCAUGGACUCGGAUAAGGUGAUCGUGCUCGACAAGGGCCAGAUCACGGAGUUUGCUGCACCCAGCGAGCUGCUGCAAUCGAAAACAUCGGCCUUCUACAGCAUGGCCAAGGACGCUGGAUUGGUGUAAUUAUUGCUAUUUGUCCCUUUCUGUUAGUGCAAAUGCGUUUUUCUUGAUUGCCUUUGUUCCGUUCGAAACGACACGACGUUAUCGAUUUCACAUUCUGCCAUCUACUACCUCUUAGCUUGGGGGUAGAGUUUUAGUUUGUUUUAUUUCCUUUCCCUGUUCUUUGGUUUGUUUUUCGCAUUCUUUAUAGUGUUAGCCGGAAUUUGCCCGUUUUUCUUUGUUGGUUUUGUGCCGAACGGCCGAUUGUUUUUGUUUAACAUUCCUGCUUUGUGGCCGCAUUUGGUUUAUCUUUCCCGAUUUGCAAAUCACCACACAUUCGAUAUUAUAGGGUUUCCGCGAGGAAACGACCAGAAAGCAGCAUUUUCGUAUUUGUUGUUUUGUUUAUUCGAUUAGAUUCUAUUAGUUGUGUCUACCACUCGCCAAUGGUGCGAACGGCAUUUACUUAGAAGUACUAUUGAUCAACACGUUUACUUAACACAACCCUUAGCCGUAAGAUUCGAUUAAAUUCAGGGCGUUACGUACGUUACGUAUUUGUGUUACAUUUAGUUCCGUUCAAAAAGUAAUCCAAACCUCUAAAAAUCACCUUGUUUCUGGUCAACAAAAGUUACUGUAAGCAAAGGAAGGGCAGGAUCAUUUACGAGUACUUACUACUACCAGCACCACGGGUUACUUACGCAGUAUUUGCAAAUUUACUUUACUAACUUGGCAAACACAUCACACUCACAUUUGUAGCCAGUAAGGGCCGGCAGAUUGGAUAAGAAUGGCCAUGUUGCAUGACGAUCGAACAGCGAACUCUUCGUUUAAUUGAAACGUGCUUAAGGAAGCAUUGCGUAAAACUGUGAAAGAUGAACAAUAUAUUCAAAAGUUCGAUACUUACGUUUCUUAAGUUUAGAAGGAUAAUAUUAACACACGAAAUACGAUGGACUGGACACAGCGAUCACUUAACAUUGUUCAAUCGAUGGUGUUCAUGUACACAAGUAAGACCCCGUUUACGUGAAUGAAGCAGCAAACUAACAGACAAACAAGCAAAAACAGUACAAACAGUCGCCAAUCACCGCCAGAAAAGGAGAUUUUAUUACAAACACAACCGAACCGUUUAGGACUUAUAAGAUAUCACUUAAUAGUUGGCAACAUUGGUUUCCAUCGUGCAUUUGAGUGUAUGUGUUACAAAUAAUCCUUACCGGAACAUGGGGCAUGAUUUUGUCCGCUUGUGUUGUCCUUCAUUAACCAACCCUUCAGAGCAGUAUUCUUUACCUUUCUUGCGAUCGCAACUCAUUGCCCACUAACCCUCAUGGUCAGAAAACGGACAAAAGCUCAUUCAAAAGUGCCUUCUGAGUGCGGUCAUACCUAGGGCUUUGUUGUUCGCUGCUGUGAAAAGGCUACAAAACUCCCUGCACCGAUGCAGAUGUAACCGUAUAUGAUACGAAACCAUUUCCGUUUCUCUGGCCCCGAUCGUACUUGAUGGAUAACAAAAUCUCCACUUAACUCCUCCGAUCGUUGCCGGAAAUGGCUAAGGCCCGCGCGGGCAAGUGUUGCGAUACUUGUGAGAAACGGAGGUGAAUAAAGAAUCUUGCAUUGUUAACAUAUUGUGAACCAAAUUUGGGGUAAUCCGUUCGCCUCCAUCUGUGUGUGACCCA